CAGACAGACAGAGAGAGAGAGGGAAGCGGCAUGGCUUCUAGCAGCAACACCACCGUCACCGUUAAGGAGGGAGGGAGCGGCCGCGCAGGCCCGGGGGCCGAUAAGAGCUGCGUGCUAUGCUGCCAGGAGCUGGAGAUUUUCGCUGUGGGCAAGUGCGACCACCCGGUGUGUUACCGCUGCUCCACCAAAAUGCGGGCCCUGUGCGGCCAGCGGUACUGCGCCGUGUGCCGGCUGGAACUCGACCAGGUUGUGUUUAUAAAGAAAGUUGCCCCAUUUUCAACAAUUGCAACUCAUCAGUUCCACCAUGAAAAGAAAUUUGAUAUUUAUAUUGCCGAUGGGAGGAUUCACGCCCAGUUCAGGAAACUUCUGCAACAUGACUGCCCAGUAUGUGCUGAGUCAAGACCAUUUAAUACUUUUGAGGACCUAGAGCAUCACAUGAGGAAGCAACACGAGAUGUUCAGCUGUAAGCUUUGUGUAAGACACCUCCAGAUUUUUACCUAUGAACGUAAAUGGUACAGCCGUAAGGAUCUUGCACGUCAUCGAAUCCAUGGUGACCCGGACGAUACUUCACAUCGUGGGCAUCCUUUAUGUAAAUUCUGUGAUGACCGCUACUUGGAUAAUGAUGAAUUACUAAAACAUUUAAGAAGGGACCACUAUUUCUGUCACUUCUGUGAUUCAGAUGGUGCUCAAGAAUAUUAUAGCGAUUAUGAUUAUCUUCGUGAUCAUUUCCGUGAGAAGCAUUAUCUAUGUGAGGAAGGGCGUUGUAACGCUGAGCAGUUUACUCAUGCUUUUCGCUCAGAAAUUGAUUACAAAGCACAUAAAGCUGCCUUUCAUAGCAAAAGCAGAGCAGAGGCCCGACAGAAUAGACAGAUAGAUCUGCAGUUUAACUAUGCUCCUCGGCACCAAAGGCGAAAUGAAGGCAUGGUGAGUGGAGAUGAUUACGAAGAAGUGGAUAGAUUUAAUAGAAGAGGGGGCCAAAGUCGAGGAGGACAAAACCGCAGAGGCAGAUGGAAAUAUAAUCGAGAGGAGGAAGAUCGGGAUGUUGCUGCAGCUGUUCGGGCAUCUAUAGCAGCACGAAGGCAAGAGGAAAAGAAGCAAGCUGCAUCAAAGAAAGAAACCGAUGAUGGUAAAAGUAGCCAGAGUGAAAAGGAGGUGGACGAUACAUCUAAUACUAAGAAUAUGGUUAGAACAUCUAGUGAAACUGUAGGUACCAAAGAGGCUGUUAAAGGUUCUUCAAAGCAAGAGAAUUUCCAAGUUCUGGGUGCAACUGCUCCACCUAACCCAAGUUCUAAUCAUUUGGUUCCUGUUCGCUUAAAUGAAGAGGAGUUUCCCAGCUUAUCUGCUUCAGCACAUGCAACUACUACAGGCCUUACUCCAACUUAUACUUCUGCAACCAAGAAAAAGACCACUUUUCAAGAGGAGGACUUUCCUGCACUUGUGUCUAAAAUUAAACAGCAAAAGCCGUCAAUGUCUACAUCUGGAUCUGCAUGGACUAGCGUUCCUGGCAAAAGUGUUUUGAAAACUAUCCAUUCCAGCAGCAGCAAUUCUAAUCAAGCUGUUAAAAAAUCUUUACCAACUCAUAGUACCAAAGCAAAAGCAAAAAAUAAAGCCGCUUUAAAAUCUGAUGAGGAGGAAGAGGAUGAUGAUGGCGGAUUGACAGCUCAGGAGUUCAGAAGUGCACCAACAAUGUUGGAUAUUUCUUCUUUGUUAACUACUUCAGCACAGACUGUCUCUAAAGUUGGUAAAAAGAAAAAGAUAGGUGGUGAAAAGCAAAAUUCAUCGUCAGCUCCAGAUAGUGAUACUGUAAUAAAUAAAGCUCAAAAAGAGAAUGUUCCAGAAAUUAAACAAAGUAUACCAGUCACCAGUGUGUUGAAUGGUCACACUGACAAACUAUGCACUGAAAGUGCAAGUGUAUGUACACUAAAGGAACCACCAGGUUUUAAAAAACCUGAAGAUAGUCCAAGUCCUUUACCAGAAGAAGAUUUUCCUGCUCUAGGCAAUCCAGUUUUACCAAAAAAGCCACCUCCAGGUUUUAACAACUUAUUACAAGUGAAGAGCCCACCAUCCAACCUUCCUCCUCCACCAGGAUUGACUGCCCCUGUUAGUAAACCCCCUCCUGGCUUUACUGGUGUCCCUCUGAAUUCAAACAUCAGCGAGCCUAUGAUUCCAGCACCAAAACAAUCUCUACCAUCAAAUAUUUACCUCCUUCCUGAGAACUUCAAGCAGAGGAAUGUUGAACUAAUCCAGUCAAUAAAUACACUUUUGCACAAUGAUGAAACAAAAUUCAACAAAUUUAAGACUCAAUCUGGACAAUUCAGACAGGGUCGGAUUUCUGCUGCAGACUAUUAUAGGAGUUGCAGAGAACUUCUGGGAGAAAAUUUCUUGAAAAUAUUCAACGAACUGCUGGUUUUGCUGCCAGAUACAGCCAAGCAACAGGAACUUCUCUCUGCUCAUAAGGACUUGAGAGAGAAACAAGGGUCAAACAAAUCGAAAAAGAACAAGAAAAAUGCAUGGCAAACCACUGUGAACUCGGAGUUUGACUGCCAGGUGUGUCCCAUGUGCCAACAGGUGCUGACCCAGAAAGACUUUGUCACCCACAAGACUUCACAUUUUGAGGAUGAUGAGUUUCCCACUCUACAGUCUGUGAGCCGAAUCAUCAGUUAAUAAUCAGACCUCAUUCUGCAGACCCAAGGGAAGAUUUAUUUGAUCGUGUAGAGCAAUGAUGCACGUGGAUGAUGUGCAGUUGCUUUUACAGACAUGCGUUGCUUUAAGGAGAAACCUGGGAGAAAUGUAGUAUAGUAUAGGUGAGAGGAAGGAAGUGAUAUCUGUGUUAGAGAAGCAUUGACACAGUAUCUAAACCUGCUGCUAUACUACUGUAGAAAGUAAAAGUUGGUGAACCGUUAUACAUUUUUUGAUGUUUUUGAAACUUUCUACAUCCAUUUGCAAAACUCAGUACUGAAAUAGGGAUUUAACAAAAUAUAUCACUUCACUUCAAAGAUGUUGCAUUUGAAAUUGGCUGUCAAGACUUCAAAUCUAUGUGCAAAUGCUUUGCAUAAACAAAAUGUAUUGAUGUACAUGUGCACAUCAGAAAAAUGUACUAAAAUUGGCCCUAUAAUGUAAAAUACCAUAUUUCAAAUAGUUUGAUUUGCAUGCAGCACAUUGCAGCAUCUUUUUCUAUCCCUUGCAGCUAUUAAUGCACUAAAUUUCAUUCAAUGACUGCUGAAUUUCCCAUUUGACAAUUAUUAAAAUGUAAAGACCAGGGUAAAAUACAAAGAUUUAGAAACUAGAAUUAAAUGCAGGAUAUUGCAUUGCUGUAAUCCAGUUUUUCUUUCUUUUUUGUGUAUAAAAAUUGGUAGCUCACAAACCAGCCCUACAAAGUGAUGACUGUUUUCUCAUUGUUUAAAUAGCAGGUCACACCACUAAAACAGUGAAUUAAAUUUUUGAUUCCAUUGCUGUAAGUUGCAUUGUGAAAUGGCAAUAAGUUAAUACUUAGGCAUAUGGGCCUUAUUAAAUUUCAUCACAUCUUCAGCCAUUUGAGGAGUUCCGUGAGUUAAACAAUAGCAGUGACUGUGUUGAUGAGAGAUGUUGCAAAACAAUAUAAAUAUGCCAGUGUUGCUCUCAUGAUCUUACUUUAUCUAAACAACUCAGAAGUGAAGCUUUAAUGUGGCUAAAAGAAGAGGUUAUAAUUCUACAAUAAGUGGCAAAGGCAGCAUCAUCCUGGAAUAUAGUGAUUCUUUGUUUUCUAAUAUUCAUGAUAGUAGUGUGGGAUUUAUUUUGGUUGCCUGUAUUGUUAGUUUGAUUGGUGAUGGCAUCCAAUCACCUAAGAUUUUGGUGCAGAGGUUGAUUUUUAAAUUUAAAGUUUAAGGUACCAUUAUAUCUAUUAACAUCCCUGAGUGCCAUUAGCCAUUUUCUUGCCAGUUUUCCCUUUCAUUAUCCUGCCCACUUUUCUGAAGGCAUUGACUUCUAGUUUCAUGAACCCCAUCUGCCCUCUUCUAUCUUCUCUAGUUGGCCAUUGUGCAUUUGAGUGCCAGCAGGCUGUUGAGCUAUGGGGCAUUACUACAUAGUUGAAUCCUUUUUUAUAUUCAAUGCUUGCAUGCCUAGAAGCGGUUGCUAAAUAAAUGAUCCGGAGCUGGACCUCUAGCUAUUUCCAUUUCUAUCCCAGGGUCCUGAGAACAUAUGUGGUGCCUCUACUGCUGGCCUGACUGGGAUCAGUUUACUCCACCCAGAAUAACUUACAGCCACCUUGGUCUAUAUUACGAUGACUCUCCAGGGAAACCUGCUGGCCCAUCAGAUGAACUUUUCAGCACCUUUCAGAUUGACAUAUUCAGAGUUUAUUUUAUAAUUCACUUCCAAGGUUCCAAGUCACUAGCUCUAAUAGUUGGGUAGAAGAAUUAUCAUUUGUAUUUCUAAGGAUCAAAGUUUCACUGGGCGGAGAUGAGAUAUUUAUUUGGUAGUUUAUUGCCACUUCCUACUGCACUACAUUCUCUUCUAUCAAUCUUGCCACUGUUACUGUAAUGACAUGGUGAUGCAAUACACUCCCAUAAUGUAUUAGAUGAUUUUUCUUUUAAAUUCACUUAGCCAGAGUGUAUAUUCAACACAAGUAACAUUUAAAUGACAAGGAGCAGUUAACAAGGUAGCAAGUGCAAUAAUGAGAAUGGGGACAGAGUGUAAAAUAUUUUACGUAAGUGGUUGUCCUGUACAUUCAUUGGGAGAUUUUUUUUAAUAAAGCACUUAACUAGAGUAGGUAUUCAAGUAAAGUAACCUGGGCAUACAUGCUUACAAUGAGUUGUAACCACUUCAGUAGUGGUCUGAGUCACUGGAUGUCACCAGCAGUAAUAAAAUGGCACCGCAAUGAGUCAACUGAAUUAACAUUCGAAACUGAUUAUUGAUUAUUGCUUAUCCUGACAUUACCUGUGUGCACUUGCAUUGAGCAUCAAGUGGUGUUGAAUAAAAAUGAAUGCCCAAGUUAAUGGAACAAAUAUUUAAAGAACAACGAAAUAUACUUGUGUGUGAAUAUUCAAUAUUAUUUGCAUAGCUUUGGGUCAGAACAGAUCAAUGUCGUCUUGAACAAAUACUGUUUUAACAUGAAACUUGGAGGUCCAAUUUUGAUUUUAUAUUCCUAAAGUAAAUGGCAACAAAUUGGCUAAUGUAAAAGCUUUAAAAGCAUAAAUGUGACCUGUAAUAUUCUGUAACUAGGAUACAUGUGAUGAGAGGGGUGAAAAUUAAAUUAAUUGGUUCUGAUAGUCACACUUUUAUUUUGAAUCUUGGUGCAGUUGCAUUAAUGUUGAGGCACAUUCUAGGCAAUUUCCAAAGCUUAGAUUUGUGAUUGUGGUUGCUGUAGACAGAUGGUAAUAUCUUAAGGGUAUAGUAUAUUUGUAACAUUUUGGUACAAAGGAACUCCAUUUUAUCUGAUGUUUUCAAAAAGUAAGUAACCUAAUUUGGUUUUCUUUUCUGUAAUCAAUUUGAAUUUAUAGUACACCUGUUUAAAAAGAGAAAUUCUGUAGGUGGCCUCCAAGCUAAGAAAUGGUGCGGGAUUGUACUUUGCAUCAUUACUUUAAUGGACUUAAACCAUGCCAAUGCUACAGUUACUGGAACAUGAAACACCUGUACAUUUGUUACAUUUGGUUCUGCAUUUGUAUCAUUAGAAUUUUUAUACCCAUGCAAUUCCUGCAUUCAAUGUCACUAAUGACGGAGUAAGUUUGCCUCAAAAGAACCAUUUACAGUAUAUCCUGGAAUUCUUGAAGGGUGCCAAUAAAAACUGUUUAUGCAAUAAAA